CUCUCCCCUUACUCCGCUGAGCCGUCCUACUUGGGAGUCCCUUCCACCUCCAUCUCCAUCCCAUUCAGCCACAGUAGCCAUAUCCUGGUCCCUGGCUCCAAGAUGGAUGCUUUGGAAAAAAUGCACUUCACCACUAUCGACUAUGUCAUAUUUGCCCUCUUGCUGGUAACGUCCAUGGGCAUAGGGCUGUACUACGCCCUGUCAGGGGGUCGACAGCGCACCACUCAGGAGUUCCUGCUAGCGGACCGGAGCAUGAGCUGCCUUCCUGUAUCCCUGUCACUUAUCGCUACAUUUCAGUCAGCGGUGGCUAUAGUGGGUGUGCCGGCAGAGAUCUAUACCCAUGGCACUCAGUACUGGUUCAUAGGCUGUGCUUACAUCUUGGGCCUAUUCAUUCCAGCACACGUUUUCAUUCCUGUGUUCUACAGGUUGCAUCUUACCAGCGCUUACCAGGUGCGUACUGUAGGCUAUACUCUUUGCAAGCUUAAGAUGGAGAGACAUCUUUGGAAUGAGAAUAUGUAGGCUAAUAUCAGUUGAAAUGUAUAAGCCUAGCUUUUAAAACCUGCUAAGGAGUUUACAUCGUUUUGGUUUCUGGUAGGGAAAUAAAUAAUGAAUAAAUACAUUCUGAAUAUACUGAUGUGUAUAUCACUUAGUGAUGGUAUUUUUUCUUUUCAGUAUCUGGAACUGCGCUUUAGCAAACCAGUGCGUAUCUGUGGAACACUUACCUUCAUCUUUCAGACAGUAAGGUCCAUACAUACCAGAUGCAAUAAUAAAGACAAAAACAAGUAAAAGAAAGAAAACUUGUAAAUGUGGAUGAUUAUCAGUUUUUCCGCUGAUAUGACUACUGCUAUCUCUUGCAGGUCAUCUAUAUGGGUGUUUGUAUAUAUACUCCGGCCCUAGCACUCAAUGCAGGUCAGUAAUUUAGGCUUUGGUUUUAGGAUUUAUAGACAGUGAUAAGUGAUAACACUUUAUGGGCAGUUUAUGGCCGUCUCCAAGACACAGAUUAAGCAUAGUACAGGACUAAAUAGCAUUCAAUGCAUCAAUUAACAUUCUCAGUUGAAAUAGCUUUUUAGUCCAGGACUAGGCUUAAUCUGUGUCUGGGAAACCGGCCCUAUGGGUCUAACACUCUUGAUAAAAAAACAAGGAAAUAAUGUGUUGGGACCACACAAUUUCCGCUCAAGAAAUGGUUACUGUGUUUUGUGCCAUGAGUAGGUGAUCUAUAAUUGUGCAAAAUGCACACUAUGUUUGAGUAAAGGUUGCUUAAUUUUGUUCCAUGCUUCCCUAUAGUUACUGGCUUUGAUCUAUGGGGAGCAGUACUGGCCACUGGAAUGGUGUGUACACUGUAUACAGCUCUGGUAAGUUGUUCUUUGUCAUUUUCAGCAUUUGUAAAGAAGCUGUUAUUAUACAAUGGUAAAUAAACUGGACAUAUUACAUAAUCAAAAGUACAAAUAAAAUAUACCCAUGAAAAUCUUUUUGUUUAACGUUGACAUUAUGAAAUGUCAUUCCGAAGUGGCCUUUUUUCUCUAUAUCUUUAGAUGUAACAUCAGCCAUUAUAAGCUUGAAGCCUAUACGAUAAUAGGCUCUGUGCCUCUGUGUUGUACCUGGUCCUGACAGGGAGGCCUGAAGGCAGUGAUCUGGACAGAUGUCUUCCAGACCAUAGUGAUGUUUGCUGGCCAGCUGGCGGUCAUCGUGGUGGGGGUCCAGCAGACUGGGGGGUUAGCAGAGGUCUGGAGGAAGGUCUGGGAGGGGAAUCGUAUCUCUGGCAUAGAGUGAGUGGACUGGUCACUAUCUUCAUGUAUUCAAGCGAUGACUGGCAAUCCUGUUUAAAGUUGAUUUUUUUCUUUUCUUAAAUUCCAUGUUCCAAUUCCAAUGUUCCAAUUCCAAAGUUCCAGUUCUAAUAUUCCAAUUCUGUGUUCCCCCUCUUGUCAUGUCUGUUCUACAGCCUGAAUCCUGACCCUACGGAGAGGUACACGUUCUGGACCCUGGGGGUGGGAGGGGUCUUCCUGAUGCUGUCUCUGUACGGGGUGAACCAGGCCCAGGUACAGAGAUACCUCAGCUCCAAGACCGAGAGGGAAGCCAUCAUGUAAGACUACAUGUACCACACUCCAUACACAACACCACAUUACAUACACAUGGAAUAAUGUGGUAAUACCAUGGUAAUGGUAUGGAUACUGACCUAUUUUAACGCAUUGUGAUUCCUCUGUGUUUUCUGCAGGUCUUGCUACAUGGUGUUUCCCUCUCUACAGGUAGCUCUAGCUCUGAGCUGUGUCAUGGGGCUGGUCAUGUUUGCACGUUACUGUGAGGAGGACCAAUUUCACAAAAUAGACAACUUAUCCAAAAAUGAGGUCAGUAGGAGUGUGUGUGUGUGUGUGUAUUAUUAUUUUGGUCCUUCAGAGUUCAUCAUUAGAGUAUUAUAGUUUGUGGAUUAAUCAGUAUGCCACUAAGUGUAACCGGUGUGAAAUGGCUAGCUAGUUAGCGGUGCGCGCUAGUAGCAUUUCAAUCGGUGACGUCACUCGCUCUGAGACCUUGAAGUAGUUGUUUCCCUUGCUCUGCAAGGGCCGCGGCUUUUGUGGAGCGACGGGUAACGGUGCUUCGAGGGUGACUGUUGUCGAUGUGUGCAGAGGGUCCCUGGUUCAAGCCCAGGUAGGGGCGAGGAGAGGGACGGAAGCAAAACUGUUACAUUGAUGCUGUUGACCCAGAUCACUGGUUGCUGCGGAAAAGGAGGAUGUCAAAAGGGGGGUGAGUGUAACCGGUGUGAAAUGGCUAGCUAGUUAGCGGUGCGCGCUAGUAGCAUUUCAAUCGGUGACGUCACUCGCUCUGAGACCUUGAAGUAGUUUCCCUUGCUCUGCAAGGGCCGCGGCUUUUGUGGAGCGAUGGGUAACGGUGCUUCGAGGGUGACUGUUGUCGAUGUGUGCAGAGGGUCCCUGGUUCAAGCCCAGGUAGGGGCGAGGAGAGGGAUGGAAGCAACACUGUUACAUAAGCAGUCAGCAGAUGUUUUUAUCCAACAUUACCUACAGUACAGUGAGUGCAUACAUUUUUUGUGUCUGUGAUCUCCAGUGAGAAUUUAACCCACAACCCUGGUGUUGCUAGUGCCACACUCUUACCUACAGUACACCAACCAUUAUGUGUUCUCUAUCCACAGAUGGUGUUAUACUUUGUCAUGGACAUGCUGCAGGAUCUACCUGGUCUGUCUGGACUGUUUAUAGCUUGCUUAUUUAGUGCAGCUCUCAGGUAUGUUAAUCAGUCAAUAUUUAUAACACCCUUUUUACAACAGUUGUCACAAAGGGCUUUACAGUAACCCAGCCUAGACAUCCAGAACAAGCAGAUGCACAGUACCAGAAGGGUGCUUUGGUGUUGUGACUGCGUUUCAUGUUUGUCUCCACAGCACCAUCUCAUCAGCUUUUAACUCUCUGGCCACAGUGACCAUGGAGGACCUGAUCAAACCACACUGCUCAUCCAUGACAGAGGCCAGGGCCACCCUGCUCUCCAAGGGACUUGGUACGUUGAGAUCUCCUGGGCCCCUAGACCAGGGUUCUUCAAUUCCGGUCCUGGAGGGCCGAAACAGUUCUGUUUUUUAUUUCUACCUGGUAGUUAAUUGUACUCACCUGGUGUCCCAGGUCUGAAUUAGCCCCUGAUUAGAAGGAGAGGAUGAAAAACAGAGGUGUUUCGGCCCUCCAGGACCGGAAUUGAAGAACCCUGCCCUAGACCUUAUCCCCUAGGAUCCAGUCACUUCAUGUAGACCAGAUCAAGUGCCUAGGGGGUAGGGACUAGGGGUUGAUUCUGAACGGGGCCCUGCUUACUGUUGACAGUGUGUCUUUUAACUUAUUUGUAAGUUCUACAUCAUGCUUCCCUCACUUUACCUGUGAGAGCAUGUUUUCUAAGACAAUACAGCACUCAUAUAAUAUCAGCACUAAAGAGUGACAUUUACUUCUUCUGUUUCUGAACUAGCAUGUUCAUAUGGACUGCUGUGCCUGGCUAUGGCCUAUCUAACCCACUUGAUGAGUGAUUCUGUUUUGCAAGUAAGCACAACAUUUGAUAUUUUUUUUUAUAAUUUACUGUAUAUGUUCAAAUUCAAAUAUUUUGUCUGAUUCUGACUUUUUUCUAUUAAAUUUUUUUAAUUCAAGGCUGCUUUCAAAAUCUUUGGAAUGGUUGGUGGUCCUCUUCUUGGCAUCUUCUGUCUCGGGUUGUUCUUCCCUUGUGCUAACUCUACCGUAAGUACUCAAUGUAUACAGUGAGGGCAUACAUUUUUUGUAUGUGAAUGUGAUCCCUGUGGGAAUCAAUCUUAGCGUCACGCCGGGUUACUGUAAAACCACUUUGUGACAACUGCUGAUGUAAAAAGGUCAGGGCUUAAUCAAUACAGUUGAUUGAUUGAUGUACUGAGUUUCUCUAGGGUGCCCUGGUGGGGUUGGGGUCAGGCCUGGUGAUGGCCUUCUGGGUGGGCAUCGGGAGCAUCGUAACCCGUACCUCUGGUGGUCCUGCUGCUGUGUCUCAGUUCAACUGCACGGCAAUACAACUCUCAGGAAGCAUCACCACAGCCAUAGGGACUGUACUCAAUAGUACUGCUGUGCCUACUAGUACAUCCAGGUAAGAGUCUGAGUGUAUCAUGAAAAGCUCUAUACAAAUAAAAUGUAGCUAUCAUAAGAGGCAAACAACAACUAAUAAUCAGCUAAUCUGAAAGUAUUCUAUUUAGUUUACUCAUAGAUUACUCAUACAGUGCCUUCAGAAAGUAUUCACUUACCUUGACUUUUUCCAAAUGUUGUUACAGCCUGUAUUUAAAAUGGAUUAAAUAGAGAUUUUUUUUGUCACUGGCCUACACACAAUACCCCAUAAUGUCAAAAUGGAAUUAUGUUUUUAGACAUUUUUACAAAUUAAUUAAAAAUGAAAAGGUGAAAUGUUUGGAGUCAAGUAUUCAACCCCUUUGUUAUGACAAGCCUAAAUAAGUUCAGGAGUAAACAUUUGCUCUUAACAAGUCACAUAAGAAGUUGCAUGGACUUUGGAUUCUGUGUGCAAUAAGUGUUUAAUAUGAUUUUUGAAUGACUACCUCAUCUCUGUACCCCACACAUACGAUUAUCUGUAAGGUCCCUCAAUCGAGCAGUGAAUUUCAAACACAGAUUCAAACACAAUGACCAGGGAGGUUUUCCAAUGCCUCGCAAAGAAGGGCACCUAUUGGUAGAUGAGUAAAAAAAAAAGAAAAAAGAAGCUGACAUUGAAUAUCCCUUUGAGCAUGUUAUUAUUAUUAAUGACACUUUGGAUGGUGUAUCAAUAUACCCAGUCACUACAAAGAUACAGGCGUCCUUCCUUACUCAGUUGCCGGAGUGAAAGAAAUGCUCAAGGAUUUCACCAUGAGGCCAAUGGUGACUUUAAAACAGUUACAGAGUUUAAUGGCUGUGAUAGGAGAAAACUGAGGCUGGAUCAACAACAUUGUAGGUACUCCAAAAUACUAACCUAAUUGACAGAGUGAAAAGAAGGACGCCUGUACAGAAUAAAAAAGAUUCCAAAACAUGCAUCCUGUUUGCAACAAGGCACUAAAGUAAUACUGCCAAAAAAUUGGCAAAGCAAUUUACUUUUUGUCCUGAAAACAGUGUUAUGUUUGGGGCAAAUCCAAUACACGUUACGGAGUACCACUCUCCAUAUUUUCAAGCAUAGUAACACAACAAAAUGUGGAAUAAGUCAAGGGGUAUGAAUACUUUCUGAAGGCACUGUAGAUACAAAUUUGUAAUACAUUUAGUGAUUUCAUAUUAACUCUAUAUCUUUCGUUCUUUAGCCGACCAAUGGGUCUGCAGAGAUUCUACUCCUUAUCCUUCAUGUGGUACAGUGCUCUCAGCUCUUUCACUGUGGUGAUCACAGGGUUGAUCGUUAGCUUUCUCACAGGUAGGGGAAAGCUCUUGAUCAUUACCAUAGUAGAUGCACUCAGGGCUGGUUUUCCAGACACAGAUUAAACCUACUUGACUAAAAAGAAUGCUCAAUGGUGAUUGAGAUUCUUCAUUGAGCAUGCCUUUUAAUCAAGGACUACAUUUAAUCUCUGUCUGGUAAAUUAGACCUAACAUUUUCACAACAUAUGAUUCUAAGUUAAGUUAAUCUAAUUGGUUGGAUUUUAUCUUUCAAUUAAGGACCAAUGAAAAAGGAGGAUGUGACCCCAGGUACUCUGUCUCCUCUGUUGGGCAACAUGCUGUUCUUCGUACCAGAUAACAUCAAACAAAAGCUGUGCUGCGUCACCACACUGGGGCACAGGGUAAGUCAACAGAGCACAUGGUCUCAUCACACUCACAAUUCAGGAUUGUGUUCAUUAGUGCAAACCACAUCAAAAAGCAAUGAAACAUUUUGCUACAAAAACAAGUAUUUAUUAAGUACUGGACAGGGUCAGAUCCCCAGGGCUGCAUUCAACACAGGGCUGCAUUCAGCAGGGCACAACAUUAUGGAACGUUCAGAUAUAAAUAUGUUAUGUUUGUCUGUAGAAUAAGGAAUCAUUUCAGCUCCAUUCAUGGCAUUUCUAUCGGCAACAUUCCACAAUGUUUGCGCCAUGAAGGUUCUCCUGAUGCAUUCAUAGCAGAGGGGGCUCUGCAUUCAAGAGAGGGCUCUGCGCGCACAUAGGCUGGAAUUCAAUCAUUGCAGAUAAUACGAUUUCCACACUGCACUUUCAGCAAGUGUGUACAGCAGACACAAAGAAGUCCAUUGUGGAAAACCCACCUUCUUCAAUGAUUGAACUUUGGCUUCAGUUAAAAUAUUUUAUAUUGUUUUGCCAUUAUGGCUAGCAACACUCAAGUCCUAUUGUUUUGGGUCUGUGAGGGACAUUUCAACAAAGCUACAGUGCCUUCAGAAAGUAUUCACACCCCUUGACUUUUUCCACAUUUUGUUGUGUUACAGUAUUGACUCAGGGGUGUGAAUACUUAUGGAAAUGAGAUAUUUCCUUAUUUCAUUUUCAAUAAAUUAGCAAACAUUUCUAAAAACAUGUUUUCACUUUGUCAUUAUGGGGUAUUGUUUGUAGAUGGGUGAGAAAAAACAUAUAUUUCAUCCAUUUUGAAUUCAGGGGUUAUGAAUACUGAAGGUACUGUAUGUGCUAUCGUAUCAAGGGUACAAAACAUCCAUUAUCUUGUCUCAAGGUGAGUUGUUUAUAGUGUGUGUGUUUUUGUACGAGUAGCCAAUCAUCCAGGAAUGUCUACCUGCACAACACAAGGAAAGCAAUAUUCAGGCCGUCUACACAGAAGAAGAGGAGGAAAGGCAGAGCUUUCUUCCCACUUACCACACACCUGCUGUGGAAUAUGAGACA